AUGCAUCUGUACAAUCUUACUCUCCAAGGGCAAACGGCUAUUAAUCAAGCAGUUCACGGGAAUUUCUCGGGAACACCGAAAGCACAGGAAAUUUGUGUGGGACGUGGAUCAACGUUGCAAUUACUCUUCUGUGACCCAACUACAGGAAAAAUCAAGGUCCUAUGCAGUCAUGAAGUAUUUGGAAUUGUACGAUCCUUGAUGCCGUUUCGUCUAACUGGAGGCACAAAAGAUUAUAUUGCCAUUGGAUCUGACUCAGGACGUAUUGUUAUAUUGGAAUACUCUACCGAAAAGAACUCUUUCGUUCGAGUUCAUCAGGAAACAUUUGGGAAGACUGGAUGCCGCCGAAUCGUCCCCGGGCAUUAUUUAGCAGUUGAUCCGAAAGGGCGAGCAAUCAUGAUCGGAGCUGUCGAACGUCAGAAGUUAGUGUACAUCAUGAAUCGUGAUGCGGAAGCGCGUUUGACAAUUUCUUCUCCUCUGGAGGCUCACAAGCAAUACACGCUUUGCUAUGGCAUGGUCGGAAUCGAUGUCGGAUUUGAAAAUCCAACCUUUGCUUGCCUUGAAUAUGAUUAUGAGGAUGCAGAACACGACCCAACUGGGGAAGCACUACAGACGACCAAACAGACGCUGACUUUCUACGAGCUUGAUCUGGGUCUUAAUCACGUAGUCAGAAAGUAUGCUGAGCCUCUGGACGACAAAGCUACGAUGAUUAUUGCAGUUCCUGGAGGGAAUGAAGGGCCAUCCGGGGUUAUUCUUUGUUGCGAGAACUAUUUGAUAUAUAAAAACUUGGGAGAGCAACCAGACAUUAGAUGUCCCAUUCCGCGACGCAGGAAUGAUCUCGAUGAUCCUGAUCGUUCACUUAUGAUCAUAUGUGCCGCUACACAUAAAACAAAACUUAUGUAUUUCUUCCUUCUGCAGACCGAACAAGGAGAUCUUUUCAAGGUUACCUUGGAAACCGACGAAGAUUUGGUGACAGAGAUGAAGGUCAAAUAUUUCGAUACUGUACCGGCUGCGAACGCUAUGUGCAUCCUCAAAACCGGAUUUUUAUUUGUCGCUAGUGAAUUUGGAGAUCAUCAUCUCUAUCAAAUCGCCAAUUUGGGAGAUGAUCCGGAAGAGCCCGAGUUCUCUUCAAAGAUGCAUUUGGACGAAGGCGAGACCUUCUUCUAUGGCAUUCGUGAGUUGAAAAGUUUGGUCCCUAUCGACCGUAUCGAAAGUCUGUGCCCGUUGACGGAUGCAUAUAUAGGAGAUUUGGCACGUGAGGAUGCACCUCAAAUAUAUGCGUUAGUGGGUCGUGGUGCACGAUCUACUCUUCGGGUUCUCAGGAAUGGUCUAGAGGUGUCGGAAAUGGCCGUAUCUGAACUUCCUGGUAACCCGAAUGCGGUAUGGACUGUGAAAAAGAACAUAGAUGAUAAGCACGAUGCAUACAUUGUUGUAUCUUUCGUAAAUGCAACACUUGUGUUGGCGAUUGGUGAAACUGUCGAAGAGGCGAAUGAUUCUGGUUUUAUGGCCACAACUCCUACGCUUGGUUGUGGAAUCAUUGGUGACGAUGCAUUACUUCAGAUUUACCCGGAGGGUAUUCGGCAUAUCCGUUCGGAUCGUCGUGUGAAUGAAUGGAAGACCCCAGGAAAACGACAGAUUGUGAAGUGUGCGAUGAACCGACGACAAGUUGCUGUUGCUUUAGCUGGUGGUGAACUCGUGUAUUUCGAGCUUGAUCCCACUGGUCAGCUGAAUGAGUUCACUGAGCGGACUUCAUGGCCACAUGAGGUAUUGUGUAUGAGUUUAAGUGAAAUUCCUGAAGGAGAACUUCGUUCACGCUUCCUCACUGUUGGAAUUGCCGACAGUACUGUACGAGUGAUUUCGCUGGAUCCCCAGGACACCCUCAGUCCUCUAAGUAUGCAAGCUCUUCCAUCUCCACCGGAGUCGCUCCUUCUUCUUGAAACAACCAGUGAAGAUGGUAAAGGACAAUCGACUAUCCAUCUUAACAUCGGUCUUCAGAACGGAUGUCUUUUGCGAACGACUGUUGAUAAUGUUACUGGAGAUAUGAUGGACACUAGGACAAGAUAUCUGGGAACCAGGCCAGUGAGGGUGUUCCGCGUGCGCAGCCAAAACAAGGAUGCUGUUCUCUGCACUUCUUCGCGAUCUUGGCUCUUGUAUCACUAUCAAAAUCGUUUCCAUCUCACUCCACUCAGUUACGUAACAUUGGAGUCGGCUUCAAGUUUCAGCUCAGAACAAUGUCUGGAAGGAAUCGUCGCAAUUGCUGAAAAUACUUUGAGGAUCAUGGCAGUAGAAAAGCUUGGCGCAUCAUUCAAUCAUAUCACCUAUCCUCUGAAGUUCACACCUCGACGAAUGAUCGUUCACCCAUUAGCGACUUCAAUUAUGAUCAUUGAAACUGACCAUGCAGCGUACACGACAAUUACUCUGGACAAAAAACGAAACGAUAUGGCCGAUGAUAUUGUUCGUCUUGCUACUGAUAUGGAAGAAGUAGAAUUAGCGAAAGAAAUUGCCGAUGUUCUUCGAAAUAAUAGACCAGAUGAGACCGUGUACGGAGCAGCUAAGGCUGCUACAGGUAAAUGGGCGUCCGUUGUACGUCUUCUGAAUGUGAAAAGCGGCGAGGUUCUAUCACUCUUCGAACUUCCUCAGGAUGAAGCUGCGAAAUGCAUCGCUCUUGUGCAAUUCGCAAGUCAUCAAGAUACCUUGAUGGUCCUUGUAGGUUGCACUAUUGCUCAAAAAUUGAGUCAGGUUGCUAAAAGUACCCGUGGUUGCAUUUACACGUUCCUUCUGACAGCUGCAGGAGACCGUUUUGAACUUAUUCAUCGCACAGAUACGCCAUACCCUGUCAACGCGAUCCAUGAUUUCCGCGGUUCAGCUCUUGUGGGAAUGUCUAAUCAUCUGCGCCUCUAUGAAUUCGGAAAGAAAAAGUUACUUGCCAAAUGCGAGAAUAAAAACUUCCCCGUGCAAAUCACCGCCAUUCAAUCGACAGGGCAACGUAUUAUCGUAACAGAUUCACAAGAAUCCGUACACUUUGUACGGUACAGAAAAGCUGAGAAUCAAUUGGUGAUCUUUUGUGAUGACACCACUCCUCGAUAUGUGACCACAUCUUGCGUCUUGGAUUACAAUACGGUGGCGGUGGGAGACAAAUUCGGAUCGAUUUCCAUAUUAAGGCUCCCAGAAAAUGUUAAUGAAGACAUACAAGAAGACCCAACGGCAUUGCGUUCGCUAUGGGAUCGUGGAUUAUUGAACGGCGCGUCACAGAAGGUGGAUCAAGUGGCUGUUUUCUAUACUGGAGAUUUGAUUACAUCCCUACAGAAGACGUCGUUAGUUCCUGGUGCAAAUGAAUGUGUGAUCUACACGACGAUCGGUGGAGCCGUAGGCAUUCUUGUCCCGUUUAUUUCAAAGGACGAAUACGACUUUUUCCAAAACCUUGAAAUGCACGUUCGAGCGAAUUUUCCACCGCUAUGCGGACGAGAUCAUUUAGCCUUCAGAUCAUAUUACCAUCCGUGCAAGAAUGUCAUUGACGGUGAUCUUUGCGAACAGUUCGGUUUAAUGGAUGCAACAGCUCAGCGCGAGGUGACCGAAGGUUUGGAUAGGACUACCAGCGAGAUUUCAAAGAAACUAGAAGAUAUUCGUACGAGGUACGCGUUCUAG